AAGAAACUCAAACAAGCUAAAACACCAAACCAUUCAUACAUAAAGCUUAGUCUAAUGGACAUGUUCUUCUCUCAACUUUCAGACUCGGUCGACCAGCCCCAGUCGAGUUUGUUGUCCGACGCCAGCGUCACCACUCGAGGGGCUUCUUGUUCCGACGGGGACGUCAUAUUGGCGUCGAGCCGGCCGAAGAAGCGAGCGGGGAGGAGGGUUUUCAAGGAGACGAGGCACCCGGUUUAUAGGGGUGUGAGGAGGAGGAACAAUGACAAGUGGGUGUGUGAAAUGAGAGAGCCCAACAAGAAGAAGUCCAGGAUAUGGCUCGGGACUUAUCCGACGGCGGAGAUGGCUGCUCGUGCCCAUGACGUGGCCGCAUUGGCGUUUAGAGGGAAGCUUGCAUGCAUCAACUUUGCUGACUCAGCGUGGAGGCUGCCCGUGCCGGCUUCCAUGGAUACCAUGGAUAUUCGGAGGGCGGCCGCAGAGGCAGCUGAGGGGUUUAGGCCGGUGGAGUUUGGUGGAGUGUGCAGCGGCAGCAGUGAUGAGAAGGAGAGAAUGGUGGUGCAGGUGGAAGAGAAGAACAAGAAGGGUAGUGUGAACUUGGAAAGAAGCAGAAGCUUGAGCUUGUCCUAUUGGGAUGAGGAGGAAGUGUUUCACAUGCCCAGGUUGCUUCAUGACAUGGCUGAAGGGCUUCUUCUUUCUCCAUCGCAAUGCUUAGGUGGCUACAUGAAUUUGGAUGACAUGGGCACCGAUGCUGAUGUCAAAUUGUGGAGUUUCUCCAUUUAAUAAUCGACGUUUAUUUUAGUCGAUUACUAGAAUUUAUUUAUUGUUUGAUUCUUAUGCAUUUAUUUACUUGUAACAAAAAAGAUUAACCUUGGUUGUUCGCUGUAAGUGGACAGAUUGGAAAUAUAUUUUUGGAUAUUUGUGGUCGAGAUAGAUA